UCUUUCUAGCAGAAAGACAGAGAGGGGGAGUGAGUGAGAGAGAGGUAGAGGGAGAGACUGAGUGAGAAGUCCAGACAGAGUAGGACAGAGGAAGAAGAGAGUGAAAGCAAUAGAGCGAGACUACUUCUUGUCGUCUUCUUGCACACAGAGAGAUUUAACCAUGAAGCUCUUCUGCCUCCUGUUCCUGGUUGGUCUGUCUGUAGCCCAGGCAGCUCCUCGGGACUCUUCCAGGGUCUAUCCCACCAUGCCCUCUCAACUCCAGCCCCAGACGCAGCCUCCAGCUGAGGCCAAGUCCCGCUUCGCUAUGCUGGACGAUGUCCGUCUCCUGGCCAACGGUUUGCUCCAGCUGGGUCAGAGCCUCAGGGAUUUUGUUCACAAGACGAAGGCCCAGAUUAACGACAUCUUCCAGAAGCUGACCAACUUCGAUCGCUCCUUUUACCAGCUCUCCGUGGUCACCUCAGAGAUCAAGGAGGAAGAGGAGGAGCUGAAGAAGACCACCACGUUCCUGAAGGCUAACAACGAGGAGAUCCGGAACCUGUCACUGGAGAUCAACGCCAAGAUCAACAGUAUUCUGCAGGAGAGGAGCCUGCUGCAGAGUCAAGUAGGGGGGUUGGAGGAGAAGCUGAAGGGACUGUCUGAGAGCAUGAUGCCGGGAGAGCAGCUCAGUGAGAUCCAGUCACUCAAGGAUGUGAUUGAGGCUCAGGAGAGGACCAUCACUGACCUGCUGAAAGCUGUGAGGGAGCAGCAUGAUCAGCUCAACCAACAGAAAACUAAGAUCAAGACUCUGGAGGAAAAGAUCAGCAUCGAUCAUUUCCAAGACGCGACUGACAAAGCAAUGGGUUCCGAAUCAGAGACCCCAAGCAUGUUUGAGUACCUGACAGGCAACUCCACUAGUGAGGACACAGACCUACCCGUGGACUGUAGUGAUCUUUAUAACAGAGGAGAGAGGAACAGCGGGGUGUAUCCCAUCAAGCCAAAUCAGUCAGAGCCUUUCAAUGUGUACUGUGAACUGACCUCAGGAGGUUCAACAGUCAUCCAGCGCAGGGACGAAGGGUCCGUGGAUUUUGACCAGACAUGGGAGAAGUACGAGAAAGGAUUUGGGGAUCUGGAAAGAGAGUUCUGGCUGGGCCUGAUAAAGAUCCACAGUCUGGCUGGCCAGGGUGACUCUAUCCUGCGCAUUGAGUUGGAGGACUGGAAGGAGGACAGGAGGUCAGUAGAGUACCAGUUCACCCUGGAGGGACCCCAGGCCCACUACACCCUCCACCUCACCCACCUGUCUGGUGAUCUGCCUAACGCCAUGGGCAACCACACCAGGUUCUCCACCAAAGACCGAGACAACGACAACCACCAGGACUCAAACUGCGCCAAAAACUACACAGGUGGCUGGUGGUUCAACGCCUGUGGCGACACCAACCUGAACGGCAGGUACAUGUGGCUGAGGUCAAAGGGUCGUUCCAUGAGGAGGAAAGGGAUCCACUGGAAAGCUCUGGGCAUCUCCUACUCCCUCAAGACCACCAAGAUCUCCAUACGACACGCCUGAAGCCGUCCCCCUGGCCUCAAGUUUCCACUAACCCUUCUAUUUCUUCCAUUACAACACAUUGGCAUGGUAACAACACAUAUGCCCCCCUCGCCCGGAACUUCCCAUUGACCACCCCACCCUCCCAGUUACAUGGCAUUGUCAUGGUAACAGAUAAUGUAGCUGAGUUGUUGGCAGCAGAAAGAAAAAAAAGUCAGCAGCCAAUUUGUAUCCAUGUCAGAGAAAAGAAGACGAUUCGUCAGUGAUGCAACAACCACAGUCAGCCAAUAAGGGACCUCACAAAUUGUUUCAAGAAAUGCCAAUAGAGUUGGGUAACACCUGGGGGGGAUCGUUUGGGUUCCUAACCGACAAGUGUUGCUUUGGUCAGGAUGGAAUGUCAGAUGAUUCUACACUGUCUAGUCUGGGUCAUAAUAAUAGCACUGAGAAGUUACUUUCAACUGACGGACGGAAAUAAAAACAAGAUUCCAAAGCAAUAUAUAACUGACACACUGACACACCACACACACUGACACACUGACACACCACCUGACACACUGACACACCACUGACACACUGAGACACUGACACACCACACAACUGACACACUGACACACUGACACACAACUGACACACUGACACACCACACAACUGACACACUGACACACCACACAACUGACACAACACACAACUGACACACCACACAGCCCUACUACCAAGCAUGUAUUACCCUGCUGUAUUGCUGCCUGUUAUGUGGCGGUUGCUGAAUGUACUAAACAUCCACAAGUAAGUAAACCAAGAUCAACAUGAUGCAUAGGUCUUCCAAAGUAGGAUAUGAGCUUAGAAUUUUCACUGUCUUUUGAACUUUGAACUGUAUUUAAAACCAUUUUCAUAAUGCUCCAUUAAAUGCCCUGCAAGGUUAGUAAUUUACAUUGAUCAUAUCAUUGGGUCAUAUUGACUCGUCGUCUCCUGUCUACUCGGUGAAAUCUUUCUGCUGCAUUUAAACGGCUGUUACAUAUUUUAUGUUUCUUACUACUAACACUUUAUACUACAACAUUUAUAAAGACAAAAUAAAACACACAUACUCCAA